AAAACCCUCACUAUAUAAACACCCUUUACUAAAUAAAGGCUCCCUUUCAGUCUCUCUCUCUCUGUACUCCCUCGAUUGAUUGAGAGCUGAAAUUCUGCAAUCAUGUUGGUUUAUCAAGAUCUGCUCACCGGUGAUGAACUCCUCUCUGACUCUUUCCCCUACACUGAAAUCGAGAAUGGAGCUCUGUGGGAAGUUAACGGAAAGUGGGUAGUUAUGGGUGCAGUUGAUGUCGACAUCGGAGCUAACCCUUCGGCUGAAGGUGGAGGGGAAGAUGAAGGAGUUGACGACCAAGCUGUGAAAGUGGUUGACAUUGUCGACACAUUCAGGCUGCAGGAGCAACCUCCAUUCGACAAGAAGCAGUUUAUUGCAUAUAUCAAGAAGUAUAUCAAGACUUUGACUCCCAAGCUUGACGCGGAGAAACAAGACGAGUUUAAGAAGUCCAUCGAGGGAGCAACCAAAUAUCUUGUCUCUAAACUCAAAGAUCUCCAAUUUUUUGUCGGGGAGAGCAUGGCUGAUGAUAGCUCGUUGGUGUUUGCUUACUACAAGGAAGGUGCGACUGAUCCAACAUUUUUGUACUUCGCCCAUGGCUUGAAGGAAAUCAAGUGUUGAGUGUCUGGAAAACUAGUCACUUACCCGAGUGUUUCUCGUGUUUAUCUAUUAUAGUACUCUUUAAGACAUUAUUCGUGUUCGUCCGGAUUUAACUUCAAAUUUUCGUUAUGUAAUUGCAUUUUUGACCUAAUUACUUAUAUUUUGGUUGAAUGUUAAUUUCUUA